CACCUUGAGUGGCGGUCAGGGUGAAUAUUAGGCAGAGAGACACGAACGAGCGUCGCUGAGGUUUUAACCCCAACCACAGGAAAGCAAGAAGACAGAGAGACAAGAAGAAGUGUCUCCUUUGUGAGAGUCAGUCUACAGGAUGGGGAAUAACAAGAGCAGCGCUUUGUCAAAAGAACUCCUGCAGGAGCUGAAAUCCAACACGAAAUAUUCAGAGUCCGAGCUCUGCACCUGGUACCAGUCCUUCCUGAAGGAGUGUCCCAGCGGGAAGAUCAGCAAGCAGCAGUUUGAAGGCAUCUAUGCCAGCUUCUUCCCAAACGCCGACCCCACAACGUACGCACGGCACGUGUUCAGGAGUUUCGACACCAACGCAGACGGCACUUUGGACUUUAAGGAGUACAUCGUCGCUCUGCACCUCACAUCCGGGGGAAAGACUAUGCAGAAGCUGGAGUGGGCCUUUGCCCUGUACGACGUGGACGGGAAUGGAACCAUCAGCAAAAAUGAAAUCCUAGAGAUUGUUAAGUCAAUAUUCAACAUGAUUCCUCCUGAAGACCAGAAGAACCUCCCAGAGGAUGAAAACAUGCCGGAGAAGAGGGCGGAAAAACUCUGGGAAUUCUUCGGGAAGAAGGAAGACGAUAAAAUCUCAGAGGGAGAAUUCAUUCAGGGUGUGAUGGACAACCAGGACAUCCUGCGGUUGAUACAAUACGAUGAGCCUCAGAAAAUCAAAGACAAGCUGAAAGAGAAGAAAAACUAAUCCGUGUGGUUUUAAGACUGUUUUCUUCUUCUUCUGUUAUCAUGCUCUGGCUGCAUUGUCCGCUUGACACACGUCUCUCUUUUUCCGAUUGAUUUAUUUUUAUUUUUUUGCAACAAGCUGAACAUAGCAUUUCUGUCUUUGUAACCCAAUUAAAGAAUUGCAUUACAUACCAGAUGCAGAGGUACUCUUGAAAUGGCGAUUUAAGACCCGGGUUUGACAUUUUGUGCAGUUACAGUGACAAUCUGUUUCAAAUAUGUAGUAAACAACGUUGGUGUGCUUCCCUACAAAGCCAGAACACAGACAGGUUUAGUCAAAAUGGACCAGGAUGGUAUACCUUACCAUAGGAAAUACAAUGUUAUAGCCUACCAUGAGUGUAUGUUUUUUGGGGAUAAAGCAUAUAGAAGUCUUAAGAACUACAAAACAGAGGUCAAAACCGAACUGCAGCGACUACUAUCUGGCUAGUUAAGGCUACAGUAACUGGUAAGAUAGCGUUAGCCAAAGCUAAUUUACAAACUAAUUUCUAGUUUCUAGUUAAAAUAAAUACAAGUUAAUGUUCUAACAAAUGAGUUUGUAACACCACAUUAAUUAAAAGACUAAAGCUUACAUUAUAAUAGAGAAAAACAGAAGAUAAGC